AUGAUGGCUUCGGAUCCAAAAUUGAAGGCAGAGAUCGGGCCCGAUGGUCUUGCGAGAGAAGCUCCUGUUAUUGCUUACACAGAGAAGAUUAUCGAGGAAGAGCAACUUCAGUUGAGGAAAUAUAUUGAGGAGAACUAUUCGAAAAUUCGGGAUGUCGAGAGGGAAUUUGGAAACCUCACCUUUGAAAUGAAACUAACCGCUGGACCUAAGAAAGCAGCACUGGAACACUUGAGAAAGAAAAUCGAAGCCUGUACUGAAAAGAUCCAUGCUGCGAAGUUGAAAGAAGAUGAAGCCCGAAAGGCAUAUGAGGCAGCAUCAAAAGUUGUCAAGGAUGAAGAAGCAGUCAAGCAGAGGCUUUGCGAGGAUUUAAACAGUCUGGUACAAGAAAGCAGCAAUACACAGUACGCAAGACUUGAGGAAUUGAAAAGAAGACUAGAAGCCCUGAAUCCAAACAGAUCAUCUACUUCUGUUCAACAAGUCCAUGAACCGGAGACUAAAUCUGUAGUAGCCAGCUCACAAGCAGCCAAUGAAAAACAAGAAAGUAACAACGGAGAACAUGGACAGAAGCCAGCAACAGCUGAAGGAGAAUCAAAAGCGAAAAAGAAACCGCAGAUUCAAGGAAAGGGAAAAGGACAUGGAAUCAUGAACAAAGGCAGAGGAGGUUGGACAGGUUCUGGAUUCGAUGUUGAUGGUAGAAAUUAA